AUGGCUUCCGGCCAGAAUUCCCUCAGGGAUCGACAAAUCAAAUCUAUUGUACGCAUGUUAAACUUUAACCAUGAACUAGAUGAUACCUCUAAAACGCCUGAUCAGCCUACAGGUGGUACUUCGGGAAUACCUACGACAUCUAUUCUAAAUCCUAAUGGAGAACCAAUAUGGAAGGUACUAGUGUUUGACGCCUUUGGAAGAGACAUUAUCAGUAGUGUUCUAAGGGUUUCUGAUUUACGAGCUUGGGGAGUCACAAUGCACAUGAACAUAGCAUCAAAUCGGCAUCCAAUUCCUGACGUACCAGUUAUUUAUUUUUUGGAACCCUCUCCAGAAAAUCUUGGAACCAUCACGUCAGACCUCUCCCGCGGUCUCUAUUCUCCGGCUCACAUAAAUUUCCUUUCCUCAAUACCUCGACCUCUUCUCGAAGACUUUGCUAGACAGACAGCAGAGGCCAGGACUUCCGAAAAUAUUGCACAGUUUUUUGAUCAGUAUUUAAACUUUAUUGUCUCAGAGCCAGAUCUAUUUAGCUUGGGGAUGCAAAAUCAGAAUACAUAUUGGGCACUGAAUAGUGCCCAAACUUCUGACGAUAUUUUGAACAAAGUUAUAGAUAAUACAGUUGGUGGGCUUUUUAGUGUAAUGGUUACAUUGGGUGUUAUACCCAUAAUUCGUUGUCCCAAAGGAGCAGCAGCUGAACAAGUAUCAAUACGUCUUGAUAGAAAAUUGAGGGACCAUAUUCUUAACGCCAAAGACAAUUUAUUUGCCUCAAAUAGCAACAAAUCGAAUAUAGUUGGUUUAUUAUCUUCAAGGCCCGUGUUAAUAAUUCUCGACCGGAAUGUAGAUCUAAUACCUAUGCUCUCACACUCAUGGACAUAUCAAUCACUAGUUCAUGAUAUACUCGAAAUGAAGCUCAAUCGAAUUACCAUGGAGACACUUAUUGACGAGAGUGAUCCUCUAAAAGGUUCAUCGAAAAAAACUUAUGAUGUUUCUUCAAAUGAUUUUUUUUGGGCAAGAAAUGCAGCCAUGCCUUUUCCACAGGUUGCUGAAGAUAUUGAUGCCGAGCUCAUAAAAUACAAAGAUGAAGCUAACGAAGUUACUCGAAAAUCGGGAGCAAGCUCGAUAGAAGAUCUUCAAAAUGAUAGUACGGCAUCAGCACAGCAUCUCAAAGCAGCUAUCACCCUUCUACCUGAAUUAAGAGAGCGUAAAGCGGUUCUAGACAGUCAUAUGAACAUCCUUGCCGGUCUUUUAACUGGGAUUAAGAAUAGACAACUUGACAAUUUUUACCAGAUGGAAGAAAAUAUUAUCAAACAGAGCAAAACACAUAUCCUUGAUGUUAUUAAUGAUGCUACCAAAGGUAAUGAUCCCAAUGAUAAACUACGACUGUUCAUCAUUUGGUUCCUUAGUACGGUGGAAGAAGUCACACGUCAAGAUAUAGGAAGAUUUGAAGAGGCACUUAAAAAUGCCGGUGCUUCAACCAACUCACUCUCUUAUAUCAAGCAGGUUCGUAAUACGACUCGUAUGACAAUGAUGACGUCUGCACCAUCACAAACCCAAAACAAUUCAAACUCCUCAGCACCAGAUUUAUUCCGAGGCUUUUCAUCUAUUUCUUCGCGCCUUACAACUACUUUGAAGGAAACAGGGGUGAGCGCGAAUUUCGAAAAUCUAAUAUCUGGUGUUAAAAACUUUCUACCGGCUAACCGCGAUUUAACCGUUACAAAAAUCACAGAAUCAAUUAUGGAUCCGACGGGUGCCUCAAGUAGUGCUAUAGCAAAGACAGAAAACUAUCUUUACUUCGAUCCGCGUAGCGCAACAGCUCGUGGAACGAUGCCUCCGGCGAAUUCUAGUUGGAAGGCGGAGCAAAUGCCAGGUGGCCUAGGACGUGGUGAAAAUGCAAGUUUUGGACAGCGGAGGCAAGGGUUUAAUGAAGCAAUUGUUUUCAUGGUUGGGGGGGGUAGCAUGGACGAGUACGGUAAUCUUCAAGAAUGGGUUAAGCGAACUAGUACAAGCAGCACUGGAGUUGAGAAGGGUGCAUGUCGUCGAAGGAUUGUUUAUGGAAGCACUGAGCUAAUAAAUGCCGGAGCGUUUCUUCGUCACGAACUCGAAAAACUGGGCACCGAAGUAGAGGGAGCAAUGUGA